ACAUCACCCACUCAAUUCUCGAAUUGUUGGGACUGGGUCCCUCAGAGGCUGAAAUCAGGAUGGAGACUAUUUCCAGAAUAUCCUCGAUGCUGGAAACAGCUCGAGAGCUCACCCUAGAGGCCGCCCAGUCCGCCGCGAGCAAUCGCAGCUCGAAUAUCGAUUAUAACUCGCGCACGUACAGUGUACCUCAUAUCAACAAGCUCCUGGACAGUCGCCAUGAGCGGGAGGUGCUGGAUGGAAUGCGGAAGGUCAUUUCAUUGAUGUAUCGCUCCGAACCCUCUCUCACGUUCUUCUCCGCCGUGGUCAAGAAUGCUCUCAGCGCCAACCUCGAGGUCAAAAAAUUGGUUUACAUUUACCUAGUCCAUCAUGCGGAAGCCGAGCCGGACCUGGCUUUGCUAUCCAUCAACGCGAUCCAAAAAUCCCUGACGGACCAGAACCCACAAGUACGAACGAUGGCUUUGCGGACCAUGUCGGGAAUUCGGGUUCCGGUCAUCAGCCAGAUCGUCUCGCUAGCCAUCAAGCGAGGAUGCGGUGAUAUGAGUCCACAUGUACGGAAGGCAGCAGCGUUGGCUAUCCCGAAAUGCUACCGCUUGGAUCCGAACACGCUGCCACAGUUGACAGGAUAUAUCUCUACUCUUCUAGGAGACCCCCAGUACUUCGUGGUGGGUCCCGCGGUCUCUGCGUUCUUGGAAGUAUGUCCAGAGCAAAUCGACUUGAUUCAUAAGCAUUACCGGAGCUUGGUCAAGAAACUUGUGGAUAUGGAUGAAUGGGGCCAGCUCGCUACGCUGCGUCUUUUGACCAUCUACUCCCGGAAAUGCUUCCCCCGCCGGACCCAAAAGGUCAAACAAGCCGUCACUAGCAAAUCAUUCUACGAUGAUGAGGAGCAGGGCCAGAUCGACCCGGGCGACGGCCCAGAGUACGAAGUCCAGAUCAUUGAUCCUGACCUCGAGCUUCUUCUACGGGCAUGCAAGCUACUUCUGCAAAACCGCAACUCAGCCGUUAUUGUCAGCGUCGUGCGCUGUUUCUUCUACCUCGGCACCCCCGAAUAUCUCAACGCAGCCAUCGGUCCCCUGGUGGCUCUUCUUAGAAGCCCCCAGGAUAUGCAACUCAUUGCUCUCUAUAACAUUGUGACUGUUGCUCUGAGAGACCCUAAGCCGUUUACUAAAUAUAUCGCCCGCUUCCUAGUCCAUGCAAAUGACCCACCGCAUAUCUGGCGUCUGAAACUGGAGAUCUUGACUAUCAUUUUCCCUCACUGUGGGAAACACUGGAAGGGUGUCGUCAUCAGUGAACUGGAGCAUUUCUCUAAAGGCACCGACCCGGAGCUCGUUCGAGAGAGCGUGCGGGCCAUUGGACGCUGUGCUCAGGGCGAUGCCACUACCGCAGAUAUGUGUCUGCGUAUUCUACUCGAUCAGAUCUCUAGUUUGGACGGUAACCUGGUUUCCGAGUCUCUGACAGUGAUCCGCCACCUUAUUCAACAAGACCCACCCUCGCACAAACAGACUGUCAUUAAACUCGUCACACAUCUUGGCACAACGACCAAUCCCGACGCUCGAGCCACAAUAAUCUGGCUGGUGGGAGAAUUCGCAGGUGCAGACCCAGGACAUAAUAUUGCACCUGAUGUGCUCCGCAUCUUGAUCCAGGGGUUCGCAGAUGAAACCGAGGUUGUCAAGCAGCAGAUCGUCCUUCUCGGAGCCAAAGUGUACCUCCACCAUCUUCUACAAAAUGCACCUCCGGAAUCAUCAGAACCUGUCUCCUCGAAUCCUGAGACUGCAACCAACCUCGGACAGGCAAUCCACAACGAGUGGACCGAGGAACAAAAGGAAGAGAAAAAGAGUUUUGAUGAGCCUCAGCAACCUGAGGAUGCCAAGGAAGAAAGUGAAGACCGCAUCACUCUUCUUUGGCGCUACAUCCUGCUUCUUGCCCGCUACGACACUUCAUACGACCUUCGUGAUCGUGCUCGUCUGUACAAGGCGCUUCUUGCUACUCCGUCAUCUACCCAGCUAGCUAACCUGCUACUCUUGGCUCCUAAACCCGUUCCGCAUGCCCCAAGCCCCUCGGAGACACGGAAGGAUCUACUCAUCGGAACCGCCACGCUUGUCGUUGGUCAAGACGCAGGCUACCAUGGUCUCCGAGGCUAUUCCAACCUUCCUGACUGGGUCGAGUCUGGCAAAGAGCCUGAUGCUAGCCUCAGAACGGAAGAUAUCAAGCCAGAGACGACAACCCUCCAGAGCUCAAUGACCGCCGGCGCGCGACUUGAUAAGGCGCUCCGUGAACACGAGACUAUCGUGCCACCGCGAAGAAAUGGCGCGGCUCCAGCAGGAGGGCCGUCUGGCAGGAAGACUUUGGACCAGUGGCUCGAUGAGGAGGAAGAGGAGACCGACUCCGAAACCGAGACAGAAGGCGAGACUGACUCAGAGGAAGAGACCGACUCGGAAGAGGACUCUGACGAGGAUUCGGAGGAAGAUGACUCUGAGGAUGAGGAUGUUGAGGAUGAGGAAGAGGAGGAAACUGAUUCCGAGACUGAAGCUGUGCAUAAGGAGGCUCAGCAGCUGCUUGGUUAG